GACACUCUCAUACUUGAAAUAGAGACACGUCUAUGAACCUCCUCUUCCAUUACUCUUCAUUUUCUCCUGCGAAAAGGUUAUUCUCUCACUGUUUUAUCUUAAGAGGACGAAAAGGAAGUGAAAGAAAAGAGGCAAAAUGGGAAGCAAUGUAAAAGGAAGAACAGCAGUGGAGGUGGGAGCUGAUGGAGUUGCUAUCAUCACCAUUAUCAACCCUCCUGUAAACUCCCUGUCUUUCGAUGUGUUAUUCAGCUUAAGAGAUAGGUAUGAAGAAGCCUUGAGAAGAGAUGAUGUGAAGGCAAUUGUUGUGACAGGUGCCAACGGGAAGUUUUCUGGUGGCUUUGAUAUAGCUUCCUUUGGUGUGCUCCAAGAAGGAAAGGGGAAGCAACCAAAUGUUAGCAACAUAUCUAUUGAAAUGGUCACUGAUAUUUUUGAAGCUGCCCGAAAGCCUGCCGUUGCAGCGAUAGAUGGACUUGCCUUAGGUGGAGGGUUAGAGGUUGCAAUGGCCUGCCAUGCUCGAAUAUCGACUCCUACCGCUCAAUUAGGGUUGCCCGAACUUCAGCUUGGAUUAAUUCCUGGUUUUGGAGGAACACAACGGCUUCCACGUCUUGUUGGUCUCUCAAAGGCUCUGGAAAUGAUGUUGACAUCAAAGCCAAUUAAAGGACAAGAAGCUCAUUCUUUGGGGCUUGUGGAUGCCAUUGUCCCUCCUGACGAGUUAAUCAACACUGCACGCAGAUGGGCUCUUGAAAUCCUAGACCGGAGAAAGCCAUGGGUUCACAGUCUUCACAGGACAGACAAGUUACCGUCGCUAGCCAAGGCUAGGGAAAUAUUCAAGUUUGCUAGAGCUCAGGCAAAGAAACAGUCCCCAAAUCUUAAGCACCCAUUUGCCUGCAUUGAUGUCAUUGAAACAGGCAUCGUCUCGGGCCCCCGUGCUGGACUUUGGAAGGAGGCUGAAGAAUUUCAGGGACUUCUACAUUCAGAUACUUGUAAAGGCUUAAUUAAUAUCUUCUUUGCCCAGCGUUCAACAACAAAGGUACCCGGAGUGACUGAUCUCGGUCUGGUACCACGACGAAUCAAGAAAGUUGGAAUUGUGGGUGGAGGACUAAUGGGAUCUGGAAUAGCUACAGCAUUGAUUCUUGGCAACUAUCCUGUUGUACUUAAAGAAGUGAAUGAUAAGUUUUUGCAGGCUGGUCUUGAUAGAGUCAGAGCAAACCUACAAAGCCGAGUAAAAAAAGGGAAUAUGACGAAAGAGAAAUUCGAGAAGACUACGUCUUUACUUAAGGGAGGUCUUGAUUAUGAAAGUUUUAAAGAUGUGGAUAUGGUGAUAGAGGUACUUUGUGUUGGGUUUUACUUUUCUCCUCCAGGUCAAGGACAAUAUUUGAUGUUGAUUUUGGUGUUCUUGAAACAGGCUGUUAUUGAAAAGGUUUCUUUGAAGCAACAGAUCUUUGCUGAUCUUGAGAAAUAUUGCCCACCUCAUUGCAUACUUGCUACCAACACUUCCACAAUAGACUUGGAGUUGAUUGGGGAAAGAACGAAGUCUCGUGAUAGAAUUAUCGGAGCUCAUUUUUUUAGUCCUGCUCACGUCAUGCCGCUACUAGAAAUUGUUCGUACCAAGCAUACGGCUGCACAAGUGAUCGUCGAUCUGCUAGAUGUUGGAAAGAAUAUAAAGAAAACACCCGUAGUUGUAGGGAAUUGCACGGGUUUUGCUGUCAACAGAAUGUUUUUUCCCUAUUCUCAGGCUGCAAUUUUACUUGCAGAACGUGGAGUAGAUCCCUAUCGAAUUGACAGGGCAAUUUCCAAGUUUGGGAUGCCAAUGGGACCCUUCAGGUUGUGUGAUCUUGUUGGUUUUGGCGUGGCGGUAGCAACUGCCAGUCAGUUUGUUCAAGCUUUUCCAGAAAGAACUUAUAAAUCUAUGUUAAUUCCUCUAAUGCAAGAGGAUAAAAAUGCAGGUGAAUCCACUCGUAAAGGUUUCUAUGUCUAUGACAAGAACCGCAAAGCUGGGCCAAAUCCUGAGUUAACGAAAUAUAUCGAGAAGGCUAGAAACAGUUCCGGUGUUUCAGUCGACCCUAAGCUGGCGAAGUUAUCAAACAAGGACAUUGUGGAGAUGAUAUUCUUCCCUGUGGUGAAUGAAGCCUGUCGUGUCCUAGCUGAAGGCAUAGCAGUCAAAGCUGCAGACCUGGACAUUGCUGGUGUAAUGGGAAUGGGUUUCCCAUCUUACAGGGGAGGGCUAAUGUUCUGGGCGGACUCUCUUGGAUCGAAAUACAUCUAUUCGAGGUUGGAGGAAUGGUCGAAACAGUACGGUGGAUUCUUCAGGCCUUGUGAAUACUUGGCUGAAAGAGCUGCUCAGGGUGCAACUCUGAGCGCUCCGGCUGGUCGUGCUAAACCCCGAAUGUAAGAUCAAUCAACUCGGUCUAUAGUUUGUUUGGUGUUUCUGCUGAAAAUCUAGAUAAGAUUGCUGGUAUGGUCUUGUAUGAAUAAUGUAUUGUAUUGAGACAUUUAUUUUUAUAGGAUCCGAGUUGGAGCAAUUUUCAAUUUAUUCGUGCUCAAAUAUAUUAUUGUCUCUUAUUAAGGAGUUUUUGAACUGUU